AUGGACUUUCUCAAAUCCGCCGUCGCUUCGGCGAUGGCAGCGAAGGGACCGCCAUUCCCCUAUAAUUUUGGCGAUAAAGUCGACCUUGACCCCUCUAUAUGGACUCUGUACAAUGGCACUCGGCGGGAAGAUGGUUCCGAUUGCAGUAUCUUCUCAUUCGAAAUCGCCGCGAAUCGAUCCGCCCUCCCUCUCGCCAGAAAUGCGCUGAAGAAGCUCCGAACACUACGACACCCGGGUGUAAUAAAGGUGCUGGAUGCGGUCGAGUCAGAGACGUAUAUAUACAUCGCAACGGAACGCCUAGUACCUCUGCGGUGGCACGUUAAACGAAAGAGUCUAAGUCCUGAGACGGCGAAAUGGGGUCUUUACAGCAUCGCGCGAACCGUCAAAUUCAUCAAUGAUGAGGCCUCGUCAGUCCAUGGCAACUUGAAGGUCGCUUCUGUUUACACAACAGAAAGUGGCGAGUGGAAGCUUGGUGGUUUUGAGGUUUUGAGUAAUGUUAAAGAUGACGAGGCUGUGAUCUAUCUAGCAAAAUCGGGAUGGGAUGCGAUCAAGCGCAGUCCUCACUCUGCUGUAGAUGCGUACGACUUCGGUGCGCUGAUCUUCGAGAUUUUCAAUGGCAGUUUCAGCAGUGACCAGGCUGGGCAGACGAAGAAUAUACCGCCCAGUCUUCACCCAAGCUAUAAGCGUCUCGCCAACCCAAAUCCCAAGGCCAGACUCACAGUGGCUCACUUCCUUGAACAAGGCCGUCGAAAUGGGUCGUUCUUCGACACGCCUCUAAUCAAACUAACCGAGGGAGUUGAAAAUCUCGGGGUGAAGACGGAGGAGGAAAGAGAAGUGUUUCUUGAUGAUCUCGAUCAGCUCACCGAUGAUUUUCCGGAGGACUUUUUCAAAAUGAAAGUCUUGCCAGAGCUAUUGAAAUCAGUGGAAUUCGGAGGCGGCGGUCCCAAAGCCUUCGGACUCGUCAUGAAAAUCGCCACGAAGUUAUCGAAUGAGGAUUUUGACGCCAAGGUCCUUCCCGUGCUUCUUCGACUAUUUGGGAACCCUGACAGAGCUAUCAGGGUGUGCUUACUUGACAAUUUGCCCCUCAUGAUUGACAGGCUCUCGCAAAAAACAGUCAAUGACAAGAUCUUUCCACAAAUAGUUACGGGGUUCACAGAUGUAGCACCAGUUGUCAGAGAACAGACACUCAAGUCUGUCCUCACAAUCAUCACCAAACUUUCCGACAGAACUAUCAACGGCGAAUUGCUAAAGUACUUGGCCAAAACAGCCAAUGACGAGCAGCCCGGUAUUCGCACAAAUACUACGAUUUGUCUUGGGAAAAUUGCCAAGCAUCUGGGGACUUCUUCCCGUUCCAAGGUUCUCAUAGCGGCCUUUAGUCGCUCACUUCGCGAUCCAUUCAUUCAUGCUCGAAACGCUGCCCUGAUGGCUCUGUCUGUCACAUCGGAGCACUUCUCCGACGAAGACUGCGCGACUCGCGUGCUUCCAGCCAUCUGCCCGUCGCUCAUCGACAAGGAGAAGCUUAUUCGAGACCAAGCAGUCAAGACACUGGACGUGUACGUCCAAAGGAUCAAGAAGGCAGUCGAAAGCAUGCCCGAGACAGCUCUACCACCAGAAAGCGCGAUCUCUGGGAACCCCAGGAUGGGCACACCCCAAGCAGAGGCAGCAGCCGGCUGGGCAGGCUGGGCCAUUUCGUCUUUUACAAACAAGCUCUCCGCUGCAGCAGGGGAUAUUACUUCUUCCAACGGGGCAUCCUCUGUCCCAGCUUCCUCGUCUGCUCCUCCCUCGCGCCCACCAACAGCAGCUCCCAUCACGUCCAACUCCUCUGCCUCGCCACUCCACCGGCAAGCAGUCAAAUUCCCUCCUCCAUCAGCACCCCUCACCCGAAACCCAUCGACAACAGGCGAGUUGUUUUUCCCAGAGGACGACAACAACGAUGAUGGUGCCGACUUUGACGCGUGGGGUGAUAUGGGCGACAUGGACGACGAUGAUACAUCCACUCCGAACAAGAUGACUGCCUCGAUAUCGAGCAAUCAGUCAAACGACAAUCCGUUUGCGGAGCCAUCAUCGUCAAAGAAGAAACCUGCAGUAACGACAACGGCGUCAAGUAAACCGUUUGAUGAUGGCUCGGAGCCAGAUUUCGCGGGGUGGUUGGCGCAGCAGGCGGAGAAGAAGAAGGGAGGAGUGUUGGGGGGGAGUAAAGCUUUGCCGAAGGGGUUGGGUAAAACUACCACUGCGACGACAGCAAAGAAGACGACAGUGCCGGUGAAGAGUAAGCCAGUUGUGGUGAAGAAGAAGAUCGAUACCAAGCCCAAGGAUGAUGAUGGGGACGAUGGCUGGGGUGGGUGGUGA